GUAGGCGCCGGCGCGCGCGGGCCGCUGGGCCUGGCGCACAUGGCCCGGCCGUAGGAGCCGCCCCGCCCCUCCCCCGCCUUUCCCCGCCGCGCUCCGGACGGGACCGGCACCGACACCGGCACCAGCACCGAGAGCCCGCAGCGAGCACACGGUACCGGGCACCGCGCCGACACCCGCACACCGACACCCGCACACCGCACCCGGGCCGGGCAGCGCCGCCGCCCCAUGCAGGACACCGAGGAGAGCCCCGCGGCCGCCGCGCCGCCCGGCGCGCAGGGCCCCGCCGAGGAGCCCGAGCACACGGACGCGCCCCCGCCGCCCGCGGAGCCGCCGCAGCAGCAGCAGGAGCAGGAGGAGGACGAGAAGGAGGAUGAGGAGCAGGAAGGGGAGGCGAGUCCCGGCGCCGCCGGGGCCCCCGAGCCGCCGCCCGCCGCCGCCGCGGAGCCCGAGCAGCCGCCCGAGCCGCAGCCGCCGUCCGGGCAGCAGAGCCCCGGGAAGGCCGAGCCCGAGCCCGGCUCUGAGGCCGAGCCCGCGGCGGAGCCCAAGUCCGAGGCGGCGGCCGAGGCCGAGCCCGGCGCGGCGCAGGAGAACGGGGAGGCCGCGCCCGCCGCCCCGGCCGAGCCCGAGGAUGAGAUUUCCUUCAGCGACCCCGAGGACUUCGUGGACGACAUCAGUGACGAAGAGCUGCUUGGUGACGUCCUGAAAGAUCAGCCACAGGAGGCAGAUGGAAUAGACUCGGUGAUUGUUGUGGAUAAUGUGCCCCAGGUUGGACCAGACCGACUGGAGAAACUGAAGAAUGUCAUCCACAAAAUAUUCUCCAAGUUUGGUAAAAUUAUCAACGAAUUUUAUCCAGAAGCAGAUGGAAAAACAAAAGGGUACAUCUUCCUGGAGUACAUGUCUCCCUCCCAUGCUGUGGAUGCUGUGAAGAAUGCAGAUGGAUACAAACUGGAUAAGCAGCACACUUUCAGAGUUAACCUCUUCACUGACUUUGAUAAGUACAUGACAAUCAGUGAUGAGUGGGAAAUCCCUGAGAAACAGCCAUUUAAGGAUUUGGGGAAUCUCAGAUACUGGUUGGAAGACCCUGAUUGCAGGGAUCAGUACAGUGUGAUCUUUGAGUCAGGAGACCGGACAUCCAUUUUUUGGAAUGACAUCAAGGAACCUGUUCAAAUUGAGGACAGAGCAAGGUGGACAGAGACCUACGUCCGUUGGUCCCCCAAAGGCACUUACCUGGCUACGUUCCACCAGAGGGGCAUUGCUCUGUGGGGUGGAGAGAAGUUCAAGCAGAUUCAAAGGUUUAGUCACCAAGGAGUGCAGCUCAUUGACUUCUCACCCUGUGAAAGGUAUUUAGUGACCUUCAGCCCUUUGAUGGACACACAGGAUGACCCUCAGGCUAUCAUCAUCUGGGAUAUUCUGACUGGCCAAAAGAAGAGAGGAUUCCACUGUGAAAACUCAGCUCACUGGCCUAUUUUUAAAUGGAGUCAUGAUGGUAAAUUCUUUGCUCGAAUGACUUCAGACACCCUCAGCAUCUAUGAAACACCUUCUAUGGGUUUGUUGGACAAAAAGAGCUUGAAAAUCAAUGGGAUAAGAGACUUCUCAUGGUCUCCAGGUGGUAACAUAAUUGCUUUCUGGGUGCCUGAGGACAAAGACAUCCCAGCCAGAGUGACUUUGAUGCAGCUGCCUUCUAGACAAGAAAUUCGUGUGCGGAAUUUGUUCAACGUAGUCGAUUGCAAACUGCACUGGCAGAAGAAUGGGGACUACCUGUGUGUGAAGGUAGACAGGACUCCCAAAGGCACACAGGGAGUAGUGACCAACUUUGAAAUAUUCCGCAUGAGAGAGAAACAGGUGCCAGUGGAUGUGGUGGAAAUGAAAGAAAGCAUCAUAGCCUUUGCUUGGGAACCAAAUGGAAGCAAGUUUGCUGUGUUGCAUGGAGAAACUCCACGAAUUUCAGUUUCCUUUUACCAUGUUAAAAACAACGGGAAAAUAGAACUCAUAAAGACUUUUGACAAGCAGCAAGCAAACACGAUAUUCUGGAGUCCCCAGGGGCAGUUUGUGGUGUUGGCUGGCCUCAGAAGCAUGAAUGGUGCCUUAGCCUUUGUUGACACGUCUGACUGCACCAUGAUGAACAUCGCAGAGCACUACACAGCCUCGGAUGUGGAGUGGGACCCCACGGGCAGAUACAUUGUCACCUCUGUGUCUUGGUGGAGCCACAAGGUGGACAAUGCAUAUUGGUUAUGGACUUUCCAAGGCCGUCUGCUUCAGAAAAACAACAAAGACAGGUUCUGUCAGCUGCUCUGGAGACCACGACCAGCCACCCUGCUCAGCGAGGAUCAGAUAAAGCAAAUUAAGAAGGACCUGAAGAAAUACUCCAAGAUAUUUGAGCAGAAGGAUCGUCUGAGCCAGUCCAAAGCUUCAAAGGAGCUGGUGGAGCGGCGGCGCACGAUGAUGGAGGAGUUCAGGAAGUACCGCAAGAUGGCACAAGAGCUGUACAUGGAGCAGCGCAACGAGCGCCUGGAGCUGCGCGGGGGGGUAGACACAGAUGAGCUGGACAGCAAUGUCGAUGACUGGGAGGAGGAGACUGUGGAAUUUUUUAUCAAUGAAGAAAUUAUUACCCUUGCAGAACCAGAGUAAUUAAUAAAACUGUGCUCCACCAGAUCUUGUGCUGAAGAGAAGUUUGUUUGUUUUCCAAAAGCCUAUAUCAACUUUGGAAUUCUUAAUCCAUAUUCUUGCACUCUGGAAGGGUGGAUGCACCAGAUUUUCUCCAUUCUGACACAUUGUAGUGCCUUUAAGUCUUGCUGCCUGCUGCAGUGAGAUACUGGAAAGGCGCUGCUUUUAAAUUUAUAUUAUUUUUUUUUCUAGGGUUUGAUUAUUAUUUUUGUUUUUCUUUUUAAAUCCACUACUACCAGUAUUUACUUCCCAACUCCCGUGUAGUCCUUGCCAGCUGGCAGUUUUUGCCUCGUGCCAGUGAGGUGAGAUUCACCAGUGCACCCCUGUCUCACACACACAAUGUUUGGGUUCCAGGACUCUCUCUGUGUCCCCAGGGCAUGGACAGGUGUUCGUUUGGGUUGGGGCAAAGUCACCAGAACCCUUUUCUGUAUGAUGUGUUUUAGUGUGCUGAAGCAGCACUACAGCGGGCUAUACCCUCCUCCUUUCAGAUUGUGAAAGGAUGUCUCCCUCAAAGAGCUGAAUAUGGAAAUAAAAGCAGACCUAUACUAAAACCAGGCUGGCUGUGUGUUGUUUG